AUUUUCCAGGACCAGGAGGCUGGAGGUCGCGUGAUGUUUUUCUUCGGGCUACCAAAAUGUUUUAGCUAAGGUGAGCUUUGUCGAUUAAUCAGCCAGCUUGUGAUGAAUUUCUAGUUGCUUGGUGGACGAGGGCUACGGCAGGUUGAAUCGCGCGGCGUCGGGGAAUGGCAAAUCCUCGCCUAGCAAAACUUCUCUUCUUAGAUUCGACUCCACCCCCAUAUCCUCCUCUUCUUCACUCUUCCCUAUGAUGAGGCCCAAUGAAAACCCCAACAGUAUUCGUGAAAUUUGUGGCAGUAUGUUUUAGCAGGCACCGGUUGUUCUCCACUUCACCUCCUUCAGCACCGCUGUCUUCACUUCCAUGGAUUUCUCCUCUUCGAUUGUCAAAAGCCACCUUGACCAAACCAGACCCUCCAACAGAAUCUAUUACUGCCAUGGUAGAAUCUCAAAGGAAGCACAAGUAUAUAUCUCAUGAAUUUGCCAUCAACUUAAUCAAACGUGAGAGAGAUCCACAACGUGCCCUGGGAAUAUUCAACACCGUGACAGAGCAAAAGGGUUUUAAUCACAAUAGUGCCACUUAUGCAACUAUCCUCGAGAAGCUUGCCCGGUCCAAGAAGUUUCAGGCUGUUGAUGCGGUUCUUCGUCAAAUGACUUACGAAACUUGCAAAUUUCAUGAAGGUAUAUUCCUUAAUCUCAUGAGGCAUUUUUCACAAUCCUCUCUGCAUGAAAGAGUGCUCGAGAUGUUCCAUGCAAUCCAGCCAGUUGUUCGUGAAAAACCCUCUCUCAAAGCCGUCAGCACAUGUCUCAAUCUCCUAGUUGAAUCAAACCGGAUUGAUUUAGCACGAGAGUUUCUCUUGCAUUCAAGGAAGAGGCUCAAAUUGAAUCCAAAUUCUUGCAUUUUUAACAUCAUGGUUAAACACCAUUGUAAGAACAAGAAUAUUGAAUCUGCCUUCGAAGUUUUCAAUGAAAUGAAAAAAUCAAAGAUUUCCCAUCCUAAUUUGAUUACGUAUUCAACCCUGAUGGAUGGCCUUUGUGAAAGUGGAAGACUCAAAGAAGCAGUUGAUCUGUUCGAGGAAAUGGUCUCAAAGGAGCAGAUCUUACCUGAUGCCCUAACUUACAAUGUUUUGAUCAAUGGGUUCUGCCGUGCAGGAAAAGUUGAUCGUGCUAGGAAGAUGAUGGAAUUUAUGAGGAAAAAUGGAUGCAAUCCUAAUGUAUUCAAUUACUCAACCCUGAUGAAUGGAUUUUGUAAGGAGAAAAAACUGCUAGAGGCCAAAGAAGUUUUUGAUGAGAUGAAGAGCUUCGGUCUGAAACCCGAUACAAUUAGCUACUCGACUUUAAUUAAUUGUUUCUGUAGGGCUGGAAAAGUCGAUGAAGCUACGGAGUUGCUCGAAGAGAUGAAAGAAAAAGAAUGCAAAGCUGAUUCCGUGACCUUCAAUGUGAUACUUGGAGGGCUGUGCAGAGAAGGUAGGUUUGAGACGGCUCUUGAUAUGCUUGAGAAACUGCCCUGCGAUGGUGUUUAUCUAAACAAAGCUAGUUACAGGAUUGUGUUGAAUUUCUUGUGCCAAAAAGGUGAGUUGAAAAAAGCCACGGAGUUGUUGUAUCUGAUGCUGGGUAGGGGCUUUCUGCCACAUUAUGCAACCUCAAACGAGUUACUAGUUCGUCUUUGUAAAGCUGGAAUGGUGGAUGAUGCAGCUGUCGCAAUGUUUGAAUUGAUGGAGAUGGGUUUUAAACCAGAGCCUGACUCGUGGGCUCAUGUGCUGGAAUUGAUUUGCAAAGAAAGAAAGUUGCUAUCUACAUUUGAACUGCUCGAUGAAUUGACUGUUAGAGAGCUUUGAUUCCACAACUAUCUUGUCAAAUUUCGAAGCAAAAAAAAAAAAACAAUAUAUCCUUCACUUUGACCCAAUUGAAUCAAUGAUAGAUUAGAAACUAUCAUGUAUUAUGAGGUGGUAGGUUUUCUGAAAUUCAAAAUAGUUGUCUAAGCAACGAGAUACUGUCAAAAACAAGCUAUGUAAGCAAUGAGAGAAGCUUGCAGUUUUUGUGUUUC